CGCCCCUCACGCAGGCGCCGUGCUGAGGCAGCCGCAGCGCAUGCGCCCUGCGGAGCGCCGUGGCGGGUCAGCUCGGGCCGGGGGGGGCACCGGGUGCCCUGAGGGGCGGCGCUGGGCUCGGCUCGGCUCGGGAAGGUCCACCUGCCUAUGUGUGCCCCCUCGUUGUCCGGAAAUGUCCAGUGUUUCCAAUUACGCCCUUCGAAUGGCCCGUCUGAGUGCUCAGAUAUUUGGAGAAGUUGUCAGGCCAACUGACACAAAAUCCAUGAAAGUAGUGAAGUUAUUCAGUGAGCAGCCUUUAGCCAAGAAGAAGGAGGUCUACAGCUGGUAUCCUCCUCACAACACCUACUAUGCCCUCAUGAAGAAACUCCGCUACUUUGGUCUCUACAGGGAUGAGCAUCAAGACUUUAAAGAAGAGAUGAGGCGGUUGAAAAAGCUCCGUGGGAAGGAAAAACCAAAGAAGGGAGAAGGAAAGAGAGCUCUCAAGAAGAAAUAGUGCCACUUUGAUAAUAUAAUGGACUACCCUGGAAGUGCUGGAGAACAGCUGUAAUGCUUUCUGUUCCCAGGAUGGAGAGGGCUUGACAUGCAAGCUGUGUUUGGGGCACAAGAAACAUAUUGUGAAAUACUGGAAUCUACCUUGCAAGUGCA